AUGAACACAUCACAAGCUACCUCCAGCCGGGCUCCGGAGCCGGUCACCAUCUCGACGCCUACGGGCAACAAGUGGCAGGUCCCCUCCGGAAUCUUCAUCAACAAUGGCUUCCACGCUUCUGCCUCUGGCAAGACAUUCGAUUCUGUCAAUCCAGCCACCGGUGAAAAGCUGUGCACGCUCUCCCUCGGUGGUGCCGCCGACAUCGAAGCAGCUGUGAAAGCAGCCCGAACCGCGUUCAACACAGUGUGGGGCAGAAAGUCGACACCCACCCAGCGCUCGCAGUUGUUGAUCAAGUUUGCCGAUCUUGUCGACAAACACCUCGACGAGCUGGCCGAGCUCGAAAGCAUGGACAACGGCAAGCCAGUCUGGAUGGCGAGCAGCUUCGACGUUCCCGACUCGGCGGGUUGUUUGCGUUACUACGGCGGUCUGGCAGACAAGAUCGAGGGCAAGACCAUCGAGCAGACGGAGGGAGAAAAGAUCGCCUACACACGCAUCGAGCCGCUCGGCAUCUGCGGACAGAUCAUCCCAUGGAACUAUCCUAUCCAGAUGGCAGCGUGGAAGUUGGGACCUGCUCUGGCGGCUGGUAAUUGUGUCAUCUUGAAGCCUGCCGAGCAGACACCUUUGACAGCGCUCAAGCUGGCACAGCUGUCGGUUGAGGCUGGUUUCCCACCGGGCGUGAUCUCUGUUGUCAACGGAUACGGCGCCGAGGUAGGCGAAGCAAUCUCGAGACACAUGGACAUCCAAAAGGUAGCUUUCACCGGCUCCACAGCCACCGGCAAACGGAUCAUGAAGGCUGCUGCCGAGAGCAACAUGAAGAAAGUGACGCUCGAGCUGGGUGGAAAGUCGCCCGUGGUCGUCUUCGAAAGCGCCGACCUCGAACAGGCCGUGCGAUGGGUUUGCUUGGGCAUCCUCUUCAACCAAGGUCAGGACUGCACCGCUGGUUCGCGCCUCUUUGUCCAAGACAAGAUCUACGACGAGUUCAUGCAGCAGCUCGUAGCAGCUUUCAAGGCGCACAAGGUCGGUGAUCCUUUCCACGAGCUCACAUUCCAGGGACCUCAAGUGAGCAAGCAACAGCAGCAAAAGAUCCUCGACAUGAUCGAAUCUGGUACACGCCAAGGAGCCAAGGUCGAGGUUGGCGGUAAAGAGUGGAAGAGUUCCGACGCCAAGUUCAGCAAGGGCUUCUUCGUCGAGCCUACCAUCUUUUCCGGAUGCAGAAAAGGUAUGCGAAUCGUCGACGAGGAGAUCUUCGGACCCGUGCUGGCUGUUGCCAAGUUCAGCACCGAGGAGGAAGCCGUGCGCCUUGCCAACGAGACAGAGUACGGUUUGGGAGCGGGCGUCUUCUCCGAGAACGCCAGCCAGAUUCAGCGAAUGGUCUCUGCCAUUGAUGCAGGUACGGUGUGGGUCAACAACUACGUGGCGCUGAGCAACUCGGUGCCGUUUGGUGGCAUGAAGGCGAGCGGAUUCGGACGAGAGCUCGGCGUGGAUGCCGUCAAGGCCUACUGCGAUGUCAAGGCGAUCCACUGGAACUAUGGUGAGAAGCUCGAUUGGCCUCUUCCGAAGCUUUGA